GACUAUCUCUUAUCUAAUUAUGAAGCAAAAGAAGGAAUCGGUCUGCUCAAUGUAUAUGCAUGGAAAGAAUUGAUUAAUAGAUUAGUUAUUCAAGUAAAGCAAGAUAGUUAUUACAAAUACUCAGUUGUAGAUAUAUCUCAGAAGGCUGUAAUUGAUAUUGAUGCAUCACAAGAAAAUAUAGAAUCUGAAAAAGUUAAUGCAAAAGAUCCUUUCUUAAAAAUGCCAGCUUGGAUUAAUUGUGAUUCACCUCUUAUUGCAACAGAAGUUUAUAAAGAGCAAUAUGUAGAACCUUUAUCUAAUGAAGGGAAUAUAUAUGUAGGCUUACCUUGGGAGACAGGAAAAACUCAUACCUUAGAACACCUUACUAUUUCUGAUAAUAAAGUAGUAUCUGUAAUUAGUCAAGCCCAUACUCACUUAGCAGGUCAAUUAAGAGAGCAUUUAUAUAAGUUAAUUCAUGAAAAUGGAUUAAAAGCCUUUGUAAAAAUAAAUCCUUCUAAGUUAUCCACAACACUUACCAACCUCAGAAAACAGAUAUCUUUAUUACCUUUCGAUAAACAAAAAAGCGCAUCACUCAUCUGCCAUCUCAGAAAAAAUGUUCAAGAAAUCAUUUGUGCUCUUAAAACUGAUUUUCCUGGGUUAUGUAUUAAAAAUUAUCAUAGUAAAUCCAAUCUAGUAGAAAAAGCUUAUGAUUUUAGUAAUAUAGAAGAAGCAUAG